AUGUUGUUAGACAAGGUUAUGAUCGAGUUUCAAUUAAAGACAUUUACUAUAUGCAACCUUGGAUGGAUAUGCCAGAUGGAUUAGUUUCUUGUAAUUCAGACAAUGCAAUUAGGGUGAUGAAUGAUAUAAUUUCAUAUGCUGGCAAUGUGGAGUUGUGUGUAGACCAUGACAUUAAUAUACCUGAGAUUGUUGAGGGUUCACUAUUGCUCAUAGGACCAGUAGGUAAUGAUAAGGAAGUGUUAGAUAUUGAAGAUGAGGGUGACAAUAGUAGUAGUGAUGUUUCUAUGCAUGGGGAUGAAGGUAAUUUAGGAAGUGAAAAAAGUAGUGAUCUUAAUAGUGGUAGUGAUGAUGUGUUAGUUAUUGACUGGGAGACAAGUUCAGAUGACAGUGCAUGGUCAAUGGGGAGUGACAACACUGAUGAUGAGCAAGUUAGUAUUGCUAAGUUGACUCAGGAGGUUAGGAAGAGAAGGAGAAAUUCCAUAAGAAGCAGUAGAACCAAGGCAGAUGUGCAUACUGCAACUAGGAAUGAGGUGGGAAGAGGUGAUCCAGUUGAUAGCACGCAGCAACUACUUAUUAGUGAUGACAGUGGCUCCUCUACAGAUGAAGAACACAGAGAGCCUGAUUAUGCAAACAGUGAUGAUCCUAGUGCUUGGGAAUUUCAUUGGAAUUCAGAUGAUGAGGAUGACAUCUUUGUGCAACCAGAUCAUGUUGUUAGCAAAAAUGUCUACUAUAACCCAAAAUGGAAGGUCCCAUAUUUUGAUAUUGGGAUGAGGAAUGAACGUACUAGGGUGAGGUUCAGAUGCCAAACAGGGUGCAAAUGGGAGUUGUUUGCCUCCUAUGACCCAAAAUAUGAGUGUUUUGUGGUGAAGACAUAUUAUAGGGAGAAUAGAUGCUUCAAAUCUUAUGAGAAUGAACUUGUAACAUACAAGAUUGUAACAGAUAUUUUUAAAGGAAGGAUUUAUGAAGCACCAUUUACAAAGCCAUCCGAAAUUGUUAAGUGGUGCAAGGCUGAAAUUAAAGUGAACAUCACACUUGACAAGGCAGAAAAGGCAAAGAAGCAUAUUAUGACACAACUGGAGGGUAGCUAUGUUGAUGAAUACAAAUACUUGAAGAGCUAUGCCAAAAUAUUGAAGAAGAGCCAUCCAGAGAAUACUGUUGUUGUCAAUGCCACUGAAACAAGUUCUAGUGAAACUAGAACUUUCCAUAGAAUGUAUGUUUGCCUGCAUUCCCUAAAACAAGGUUGGAAGGAUGGGUGCAAAAGGUUCUUUGGUGUUGAUGGCUAUUUCUUGAAGGGAAUAUGCAAGGGAAUUAUGCUAUCUGCAGUUGGGAAAGAUGGGAACAACCAGAUGUUUCUAAUUAGCAGUAGUGGAGUCUGGAUGUCUUGAGUCAUGAGUAAUAUAAAUAUUAUAUCAUGUUCUAUCAACACACUAAAUGGAUUAUACGAUAUCUCUGGUGUGGAAGUCGGCCAACAUUUAUAUUGGCAAAUCGGAAGUUUCCAAGUCCAUGCCCAAGUUCGUAUUACUUCUUGGGUUGUAAUUGCUAUCUUAUGAGGUUUUGCCGUUAUUGCAGUUCGGAAUCCAGAAACUAUUCCAACUGACGGUCAAAAUUUCUUCAAAUAUGUUCUUGAAUUCAUUCGAGACAUGGGCAAAACUCAUAUUGG